AUGCCUAAUCCAGGCAGGUUUUCCUGGACCCUGCCUAUACAGGCAGACCAUGUUCCCCUCCUUGAUAUGAUCGACAGACUCCGUACCCUCGGUAUCGGUGAGCUCGUUAGCUUGCCACAGAUGAUUGUCUGUGGCUCUAAAUCUAACGGCAAACGCUCUAUAAUCGAGGCACUUUGUCGCGUGGAUUUUCCCGUGAAUAAUGACCUUUACACUGGGUUCGUUAUCGAGAUCAUAUCACGUCGUCAUCCAACGGCCCGCUUCAAAGUGAGCAUUGAGCCUGGCCCUUCGAGAAAAAGCGAAACCGACCUCCAGCGACUCAGGGCAUUCGAGCCCACUGUCCAUGCCAAUGCCGAGCAGUCGGCAUCACUCAUUGAGGAAGCUGCAGAAUUCCUUGGAUCCUUCACCGAGGAUGGAUUCAGUGACGAUAUCAUCAAAGUCGAGGUUACUAGCCCCGAUCAACCCGAUCUCACUCUUAUCGAUGUGCCUGGGUGCUACUUUACGGAAGACACCCUUGAUAGCCGAGGAAAGAAUCUUGGCCAUCCUUGCAUGGAAAAAUACAUGCUGAAUCCGCGCAGCGUCAUCCUUGCUGUCAUAUCGGCAAAAAUCGACAUUUGUGUUCAGAAAGUACUCCAUUUCGCAGACAAGUACGACAAAGAACGAAAUCGGAUCAUGGGCAUUGUUACUCACCUCGAUAAACUCGAGACAUCCUCAGACGAGGAAACGCUAUGGCGUAAGGGUAUCAAACAAGCAAUAUCUGAACUGCCGCUGGGAUUGCAUUUGGUGUGCACCCGAUCAUACGAGACACGAGAUGAUCUAGAAGAGCUAGAUGAAAAGGAGAAGGAGUUCUUCGAUCGAACUGGUUGGAAAACUCUGGCAAUGCAUUACACAGGCACUCGUGACCUGCGGCGUCGACUCAACCAUCUUUUUAUGAAUCACAUUCAAAGCAGCCUACCUGGACUAAUUUCGGAAAUCAACAAAAUCAUUCCGAAAAACCAGACAAGACUGGCCAAGCUUAGUACUCCUCGAGAGACUAUCAACCAACAGAAAGCAUUUCUAUUUCAUCUGAGCAGUGAUUUCCACCGCAUAACCGAACAAGCGUUGAAUGGCAUGUACACUGACGGCUUUUUUGCGACAUCGGUGGAUGGAGAUGAUGAUAAAUCCAAACCCCUCGACCCUCGACGACUCCGCUCUAUCAUUCGUGACCUGCACGAGGAUUUUGCAGAUAUUAUGGAAGCUGCUGGGUGCCGUCAAUUCAUUCAUGGUGUCAAUCAGAUAGCCUCGGUCCCAAACCCUCGCAACCCUUAUGCAGAUAUCAGACAGCCGAUUCACAGGAGCCGCUCAGAGUUCGAACUUGAGGCCAGUGAGCAAAUGCGCCGUGACCGAGGAAUUGAACUCCCAUCAAAUGCCAAUCAGUUACUGGCGGGCACUCUGUUCCGCGACCAGUCGCAGCCCUGGGAGGAAAUGGCUCAAGUCCAUCUGAUGAAAUCAUGGGAGUGCGCUCUGGACUUUGUGACGCGUCUACUGGAGCAUCUUGCGGAUGAACGCAUGUCUGUGGUGAUAAUGCAGACUAUCAUUUGCCCCCAGCUUGAUAGAAUGGAAGAGAGCCUUCUGGCAAAGCUACAGGAGUUGACUGCUUACAACAAACGAGGCCACCCAUUGCCUCUGAGUCGAAGGGUUCUUCGAGACGGUGCGUCGUCUCUUGAUCGAUGCAUUGUUACCAAGAUGCAGAAAUCUAAGAAUGAUCGCCUGCUGGCCAAUCUCCAACAGAUGCGUCCUUCAGCUCCGGGCAAAUCUUUCAAUAUGGAAGAGCUGAAAGCGGUCACUCAGAAGUUGGAAUCAUCAAGCAUUCAGGCCGUGGCCUCGGAUGUCGUUGACCAGUUUCAAGCAUAUUACGAAAAUGCGCUUUUGACUUUCAUGGAUAACAUUGCAACUCUUGGGAUCGAAAACUGCCUUCUCCACCCUCUGGAGACCGUCUUGACAACCCAAACAAUUGCUAACAUGGAAGACAAGCAAAUCGAGGAUCUAUUCGCAGGUGUGCACGACGGUGUACAGAAAUCCCGAGACUAUCUGACUUCUGCACUGGAGAAGUUGCAAAUCGGGCUGCGAGAAUUGAAGAAAUUCUAUGUUGCGAAGAAAGAAAAACCACCCGGUGGAAUAAUCAAGGCACCUGUAUCAGGCCCUUACGCACGUUUGGGUCUUCCGCCGUACCUGUCGCCACUAGGGAUUAUAUGUACUGGAGCACCUUUUCCUCUGUUUGGCGAAAUAGUCACUGACGAUAGCAUUCAAGGCCCAAAUGGCAUGCCCGGGUAUCGAAUUGUGUGGCCCUACAGCUCAGCACCUGGCGGAUACGAUUCAGCCCCCCUUUGCCCAAGUGGUCCAUUCGGUUCCGGUGCCGAUACCGCAACGGUCCCUGCUAGAACAGUUCCUGCUCCAUCUGCACCUUCCACAAAUCCGAACCCUGAGCCGAAUUCUCACGAUUCCGAGGCGCAUACAUCCUUCAGACAUCUGGUUCCUCCCGCUUCAACCUUUGACCCUAGCACUUUCUUCUGCCCCCCUGGCCGGCCUGCUGUAGGACCUGCACCAACCACCCGUGGUUAUGAUCCGAGUUGGUAUCUGGAGGAGUUUGAUGGCAAGUGUGUCAAUCGAUACUAUUCGGUAUGCUUGCACAAUGACUGGAAGCGUUUCUCGCAGGAGGAGCUGCGAUUGGCCGACUAUCAGUUCGGCACGAUUACAAGCAAAUACCCGUUGGACCCUAGGCUGGAAGAGAUGAAGGCGGCCGCUCGCAGGGGAAUGAAAAGGGCCUCGGAUUUGCUUUGA